AUGGAGAUACUGAGCAUGAAAGUUGAAAAAAUUAUAUUUAAUUUUGGAAAUAAAGAACAUCUAGUUACCAUGCAACAUACAGUUCAGGUGUGGUUUGGAGAUGAUUUACCUAUCAGUCCACGCAGUCCACUGACUCCAAGACAUGGCCCUGGCCUGGCUGAUGUUUUACUAUAUGACCAAUGGAUAUCUGUCCGGCAUGAGGCAACUUUGAUUCCUAUGCAAGAAGAUCUGACUAUCUGGCUAUCUGGCUUAUUGGGUAUUGAACUUAAACCAGAGCAUUUAUUGGAAGAACUUGAUAACGGGGUAUUGCUGUGCAUUUUGAUUGGAGUCAUUCAAAGCAUAGUUAAAAGUAACUCAAAUGAUUUAAAAAAUUUCCCUUUACGAAAAGUCCCCUGUAAAAAAGAUGCUCCUUCAGGAUCUUUCUUUGCCAGAGAUAACACAGCAAACUUUCUGAAUUGGUGUAGGUGCAUUGGAGUGGAUGAGACUUAUCUUUUUGAAUCCGAAGGCUUAGUGCUGCAUAAAGACCCAAGACAAGUAUACCUUUGCUUACUGGAAAUUGGUCGCAUUGUAUCAAGUCAUGGAGUUGAACCACCAGUAUUAGUAAAGUUAGAGAAGGAAAUUGAAUUGGAAGAAACUUUGUUGAUGUCCUCUGAUAGUGUAGCCCCUAUAGUUUCUUACAAAUCGUGCUGUCAGGAUGGAGAAUUACAUGAAGCGUGUUACAUGGCAAACAUGUAAUGGUACGUGUUGGUGGAGGCUGGGAUACUCUUCAAGGUUUUCUUCUCAAAUACGAUCCUUGCCGAAUGCUUCAGUUUGCAACGUUGGAACAAAAGAUUUUGUCAUUUCAAAAAGGUGCAUCUGGUGAUAUGGUUUCCGAUUCGUCUGCUAAACCUCCACAGCCUCCACCCAUGAAUCCCAUAUCUGCCAUUGAUGCAUACCAUAAACAGAGUUCAAAGCCUUCUACUAUGGUUUCCGUUUCAAAAAACCCUCAUGUAGGUAAUAGGAAACAGGCAGCAUGUAAGUCAUCCCAACCAACAGUUCUUUCUUCUUCAGAAGCAGCAAAGCAUUCCUUACCCACAGACCAGUUGACACGAAACCAGCCCAAAUUAAAAGAUUCAUCAGUAAAUAACCUUCAGCCAUUUCCCAAAGCAUCAAAACCGGUUUUUAAAAAGCCAGCACCCCCUUCUCAUAACCCUACAUCUGUUUCAAAAUAUAGACAAGCUAUAAAUAAGUGCUCAUCAUCGGCUCAGGGGAGGGCUGCUUUAACACCAUCAGCAUCUCUUCAGAAAUGCACUGCAUCAUCUACCAAGCCUGCAUGUUCCCAAAACUCUCCAACUGUACAACAUUCUGCUCUAGGUUGUUCAAACAAUAAACUUUGCAGGUUGCCUGAAACGGCUACAAGGGUAGGCUGUUUAGAAGGACAUCAUUCUCCUGAUAGUGCAGCUGGGCUCAAAAAUGUAGCCAAAUGCAAGCCUCUUUCAAAAACCUCAGCAAAAUCAGCAAAGACCAUUAACAGAAAUUUACAUGUGUCUAAGCCGUCUUGCCCUCCAACAUCUACAAUGCCUACAAAAAUAAUUUCCAAAAAUAGUAGUCAAACAUUACCCACACAGUUUUACUCACACAGAGGAAAAUUGGAAACUAAGCAAACCAAACAGAAAACUGCUCUUAGCCCCAAACAACUGAGUUCUAAUUCCUCUCUUACGAAUGAUAAAACAACUGAGCAGACAUCUACGCUAGAUGUAAAGAGUAAAAAUCCAUUUUCAUCUGUUAAUAAUUAUGCUUCAGCCAAGAGGAGGCCAGUUCAAAAUAGUAGGAUGAAAAUACAGGGAACAGCUGAUGCAACAACACAUUCUGAUCGUAUGCCGUUAUCUAUUAUGCGUCUUCCUCAAACAUCGACCAUAAAUGGGGCAAGGAAAAAGACAGUAAAGGCUAAUGUCAAAAGUCAAGCACAGGUCAAAGUCUCCCAAAAGAAUGAUAAAGAACUUGAUUCAACCACUAAGGAACCUGUUUUAAAAGGAAAAGCUACAACUGUUCAACCCAAAGGGACACAGCUUAGGUUAAAGGAUUCCACAGUAAAGUCAAAACAGGAUGAUAAUUACUUUGUUGUGACUGGGAAUAAGAAACUCAGAAAGUAA